AUGGCGGCGCCGUCGGCGACGGCGUCGCUGUUGUUCAGCUUAUUUGUUCACAAUGUUUCACUUUUCUUUGAUUUUUAUGCCAUGUGAAUCCCUUUGUAUCCACUUACCACGUUUACCCUGUUUGCAAGUGGAAGGCCUGUAGCAGUCGAAAAAUACGUGCCGACGCGUUGGAUUGUGCAGAAGCGACCAAACCCUGGUUACCACAAAGAGGACGGCACCUGGGAUGGUGCAGCGGAAGUCCUUCUGGAAGGCAAGGCAGAUGUGGCACUCAUACCCACAACUAUGCGGCCAUACCAGGGCAUGCCGAUAGCCUUCUCCUAUCCGCUCUACUACAGCAGGGACCGCCUGUUCGUGAAGCGCAUGGGUUCUCCGCGGUCGUCGUGGGGCGACUACGUAGCGCCGUUCGAGCGCCGGCUGUGGGCCGCCGUGGCGCUGAGUGUGCCCACACUGGCGGCCGCUCUCUCCACCCUGUACCGACUGGGCAGGCACUUCGGCACCGCUGACGACAGUGGACCCUACUACUACUCCUUCUACGACUCCCUGCUUUACGUUUUUGGCGCAUUCUGCCAGCAAGGACACGACAUCACCCCACAGUCGAACGCCUGCCGCAUCGUGUACAUCACGGCGUACAUCACGGCCAUCAUCACGUUCGCCGCGUACUCUGCGGCGCUCAUAUCUUCGCUGACAGUCGUGUCGGACGACCUGCCCUUCAGCGACAUCGAGGGCCUGCUCCGGGACGGCACCUACACUGUUGGGGUCCUCAAUCGCACCGAGACCUACCUUGGACUCACGAAGGCAGAGCCUGGCAGCUUGAACCGGCUGCUGUUCGAGCGGCAGAUGGCGCCGUUCGAAGACAGCUUCCCGCGCACGAUAGACGUGGCGCUGCGGCGCGUGUGCGGACGGCAGCGCUACGCAUUCUACGGGCUGGAAGACGCAGUCAAGGCGCUGCAGCGCCACGCCAACUGCUCCGUCGCGGCGCUGCCCUACUCUACCUACCCGCACAGCGUCGUCUUCGCCUUCUCGCAGCGAAGUCCUUACCAGGGCAUUAUCAAUUACAACCUGGGCCUUCUUCGAGACGCUGGCGUGCUGCAGCGACUGCGCAUGUACGAAUGGCCCAAGGAGGACACGAGCACCGUGAAGAGCUCGCUGACCAGCGUGUCAAUGCGCAGCGUUACGCCCGUGCUCCUGCUGCUCGCCUCCAGCGCCGUCGUCGCCGUAGGGACGCUGCUGGUCGAGCGUUGUGUCGCUGCACGACAGUUGCCACGCUGUCCCAUCUAG